AUGGCUUUCACCAGCCUGCGCUUCCCUUUUCCCCUCCCCAUGUACAUCCGGUGCCGCUUCCCCGCCCCCCCACCCCCCCACCCCCACGCCCCCACCUGGGAGCUGAUACCACCGCAGUUUGCCUUCUGUGCUGGCCAUUCUUCCUGGACUUCUCCGGCUGUCAAUGGCUCAGUGGGGCAGCAGCCCUGGGCGCCCCCUCGCCAGGAUGGGCUGCCAGCGCUCACCGUCAUCGUUGCUGUCUUUGUCCUGCUGGCAGUCUGCAUCGUGGUGGCUGUCCGCCUUGGGCCAAGGCUCCAACAGGGCCAUGUCACUCUCCACACAGAGCCACCAGUGCCGAAGCCGGAAGGGGGCAUUUAUCUCAUCCACUGGCGAUUGCUGGGCCCCCAGGACAGUUACCAAGAUACCCGGCAGGGAUCUCUUAUCCUUGGCUUCUGCCCUGUGCCAGAUGGACCUCGGCUCAGCAUUGAUGAAGUUACAUAUCUGUAG